AUGGAUGGUGGCAGUGGCUUGAAUAUUUUGUAUGCUGAGACCGUCAGGGGGAUGGGCAUUCCGAUGUCCAAACUCAGUGAAAGCAACAUGCGAUUCCACGGCAUCAUCCCUGGGAAGAAAGCCGAUUCACUCGGCCAGAUCACUCUUGACGUGGUUUUCGGUGAUUCGAAGAAUUACCUCAAAGGAAAGUUGACAUUUGAAGUUGUGGAUUUUCACAGUGCCUAUCAUGCUAUUUUGGGCAGACCUGCAUAUGCCCGUUUCAUGGCCCGACCAUGUUACGUAUACCUCAAGCUGAAGAUGCCUGGUCCCAGGGGCGUGAUCAUAGUCACUGGUAAUCGGCAGAGAGCGGAAGAGUGCCUCCAAAGGGGCUCAAAGAUCGCUGAUGAACAGAUGGCAGUAGUGGAAAUGCAAGAAUAUCAGAAGAACGCAGAUCCGAGUGAUUUGUUGCGUGCCAAGAAGCCCGCUUCAGAAUCUGCAUUUCAGUCGUCUAGUGAAACGAAGCCAGUUCACAUUCACCCGACCGAUCCCAAUGCUGCUCCGACUCAUAUUUCAACAACACUCAACAGCAAAUAG